ACCCUGUCUUAGAGUUCUUAUGUUGUUAUAUUUCUGGUUGUUUCUGUUAAGUUUUUGGAUGCUUAAGUUAGUUAUCGUUUGAUUUAUAUGAGUAGAAUUAAAAUCAAUAUCAAGUUUUAAUUAAUUGCCUGUCAUUGUUAGUUUGUUACUACCUGCUUUAUGUUUGGAUCGUCAGCUCUAUAUAUAUCUUGUCUAGUUUCAUUUGAUUAUUCCUUCUUGUGGAGGGGCUAAGCUUCAUUCGUCUCGUCAUUAUAUUAUUUUGGUCUAUUGCAUUUUUUGAUCAGGUUAACGCUGAUCGAGGGUACCCGGGACUUAAUUAGUUAAUAGCAAACGACUAAUUAAUCUUGAUUCAGUCGAAUUACAUGGUUGAACUAGACGUCCAGAUUCCUUCUGCUUUUGAUCCAUUUGCUGAGGCUAAGGACUCAGGAGUCCCUGGGGUGAAAGAGUAUGUACACAUCCGCAUACAGCAAAGGAAUGGAAAGAAAUGCUUGACAACGGUGCAGGGGCUGAAGAAGGAAUUCAGCUACGAAAAGAUCCUCAAGAAUCUCAAGAAGGAGUUUUGCUGCAAUGGUACAAUUGUGCCUGAUGAAGAAUUGGGGGGCAAGGUCAUUCAACUUCAAGGGGAUCAACGAAAGAACGUGUCCAAUUUCCUUGUAAAGGCCGGGAUUGUGAAGAAGGAGCAUAUCAAAAUACAUGGUUUCUGAGAGCCCGACUCCCUAUUUAUUAUAUGAUGAAUUAAGCAAAAUAUAUUAUUGUUGUAUGCGCCAGUUUCAGUUUGUGUUUGGCAUUUUUUUUUCGUUUUUCACUUAUUGUUGGAUGGGGUUGAGUGAGUGUAUCCAUUUGUGAAGAUACUCUUACAAUGGGAUGUAAUGAAGCACUGAACUCUAUUGUUGAAAAGAAUACAAUUAAAAAGAAAAUUUCAGGAAUUGUCAUGUUAUGUUCUCA